UUAGGUUAGAAAAACCUCCAUUCGCCAUUCCUCUGUUCUUCUGCUUGUACGCGAGUUUUUGUGUGAAAAGUUUUAUUACGAAGAAAGUAGAAUAAAAUCUGUGAGAAAAAAUGGCUUUAUCUGUACCAAAAGCACCGGGUGUAUCCCAAAUGUUAAAGGAAGGAGCUCGUAUGUACUCCGGCCUGGAAGAAGCCAUCUAUCGUAAUAUCUCUGCUUGCAAGGAAUUCGCACAGACAAUGCGUUCCGCCUACGGGCCCAACGGCAUGAACAAGAUGGUCAUCAACCACAUCGAGAAGCAAUUCGUUACCUCUGAUGCUGGUACGAUCAUGCGUGAGUUGGAUGUUGAGCAUCCAGCUGCCAAAUUGAUGGUUAUGGCCAGUCAGAUGCAAGACGCCGAAGUCGGCGACGGUACCAAUUUUGUGGUCAUCUUUGCUGGUGCCCUCCUCGAGGGUGCUGAGGAUCUGCUGCGUUUGGGAAUCACAACCAGUGAAAUCGCUGACGGCUACGAAAAGGCCAUGGACAAGGCAUUGGAGAUCCUUCCCAAAUUAGUUUGUCACAAAAUCGAAGACUUCCGCGAUGUUCAGAAGGUCAAGGACUGUCUGACAUCAGCAGUGAUGUCCAAACAGUAUGGGCAAGAGGAAUUCAUCACCGAACUCAUCGCCAAGGCAUGUGUUUCGAUCCUGCCAGAACAGAGCACCUUCAAUGUUGACAACAUUCGAGUUUGCAAGAUCCUUGGUAGUGGUUUGGGCAAAUCCGAGGUACUCCGAGGAAUGGUAUUCAAGCGUCAAGUUGAAGGUGAGGUCAGUAGUGUUGAGAAGGCAAAGGUAGCUAUAUUCUCAUGCCCCGUGGAUAUCAUCCAAACCGAAACCAAGGGAACAGUCCUCAUUAAAUCCGCCGAUGAACUCAUGAAAUUCAGCAGUGGGGAAGAGAACCUGCUCGAAAAGCAAAUCAAAUCCUUGGCAGAUGCAGGAGUGAAGGUUAUUGUCGCUGGAGGCAAGGUCGGAGACAUGGCCUUGCAUUACAUCAACAAAUAUGGCCUUAUGGCUGUCCGCCUCAAUUCCAAAUUUGAUCUUCGUCGUCUGAGCAGAGCUGUCAAUGGUGUAGUCCUCCCCAGGUUGACUGCUCCCACUCAAGAAGAGCUCGGUUACUGUGAUAAGGUUUGCAUUGAAGAGCUGGGCGACACUGUUGUGGUUUCCUUCCGCAAUGAAGGUGUCGAUUCUCGCAUCGCAACCAUCGUAAUCCGUGGAGCUACCGACAACUUUAUGGACGACAUCGAACGUGCCAUUGAUGAUGGAGUGAAUAACUUCAAGGGACUCACUCGUGAUGGUCGCUAUGUUCCUGGAGCUGGUGCAACAGAGAUUGAAUUGGCUAUCCAACUCGCCGAGUAUGCUGAUACCCUUCCCGGCCUCGAACAAUACGCUGUCCGUAAAUUCGCAACUGCCCUAGAAGUGUUCCCUAAAGCCCUGGCAGAAAACAGUGGUGUUAACGGCACAGAGACCAUUAACAAGCUCUAUCUUGCUCACAAAGAGAACGGCCCCAACCAAGGAUUCAACAUCGACUCCGAACAAGUUGAUACCGUUGAUGUGACCAAAACCAAGGUAUUGGACUUGUACCAAUCGAAAUACUGGGGCAUCAAGUAUGCAGUCGGUGCUGCUACAACAAUCCUCAAGGUCGAUCAAAUAAUCAUGGCGAAGAGAGCCGGUGGACCUAAACCACCAAGGCAAGGUGGUGGUAGUGAUGACGAGAGUUAAGUUAAUCAUCAUUCUUCAUAUUUUUGUUUUAAUCUAAUUCUACGCAUUUCCUUUGUGUUUUUUUUAUAAAAAUCCUUUUCUUUUUAAAAUCGCUUAACAUCUUUCUUCACAUUUACUCAUUUAAUUAUUUUGUAUUAGUAACUGAGGUGUUGGAAGUCGUUUUUGGAAUGAAACAACUUCCAAACCAAUGUAAGAACAAUGCAAACACGAAAUAAAGAACACUCACAAAUAAAAUAA